GUUUACCUUACGGUAAAGCCCAUCGUGUUUAAUGAUAUUUACAUACGAUUCUCUUUGUAUUAAUUCCAUACCCUUAUAGUUGGGUAUUUGAUCAUGUACUUAUGAAUCUAAAUGUGAAACUGAGUCAAAUCCAAACAAAAUCAUGGCAGCCGAGAUUCUUUACUCUAAAAUAUUGACAUAGCUUAAAUUUGUUUAGAGAACCAUCGAUCGAGGGGGGAAAAAGAGCGAGAGAAAAAAGUGAAAUCGCCAAGAGGAAAGCGAGGAUAUAUUGGCUUCACGCUAAUGACAUUAUAUUAUAACGAUAAUGGAAAGUUCUCUUGCUUGGACACGGGGAGAAGAUUCCGUAGAUCUGUAAGGAGGAAAAAAGGCUGAUGUCAGGAAUAAAUUCACACAGCCAGAAACAGACACAAUCAAAGUUUACAGAUUGGUCCAGAUUCAACAGGUACACAGAUAUGACAAUUGACAAGAUUUCGUCAUCCAGGUAGAUGGAUCUACGGAAUCGAAGUGUUACCUAGCAACGUUUUAGCAUGUUUCACAGCAUCUUUUCAAGAUACUACUUGAUUUAACCAGAUAACCAAUCAGAGACCUUGUUGUAUCUGAAAACGGAGAAAUCUCACCAUGCCUUUACCAAACAAUACUAGCACUACGAGCAGCAAAAGCGGAUCGCUGCUAAGCCGUGUAGGAAUUAAUAAACUUCCUGGAGGGUCAAAAGGACCCGCUCCCCUUCCUCUGUCUAGUCCCCCCACUGGGAAAAAAAUGGGGAACGGGGCUAGUGCUUCUAGCAUCAAUGUGGACGGAGAAAACAUAGAUAUUAUCAAACUUAAGACAUUGGUACCCGAACUUAAGAAAGAACUCAAAAUCAGAGAUGCCAAGUUACAACGUUAUGAAGCGGAACUUCUCGAAAAAUCAAAACUGUUGGAGGAUAAGUGUAUGGAAAUUGCCAAACUCCGUGCUGAAGUCGAUAAAUUACAAUCAGUGUUACAUAUUAAAGUUCAUAAAAAUGCAGGCACGGGAGGAAAAUUCGACUUUCUGGCCACUAUUCAGGAGGAUUCACAAAUGGCAGGUGCCCAGCAGGAGUUACGACAUAAAAAGCAGGGAGUGUCGGCAGAAAGUCCUAUGACCCAACAGAAUGGCGUGGCAGUGGAGAUCAAACAUAUAGAAAAAGAUUUCAGAUCAAAGCAGCUGAUCAAAGAUGCAAUUCUAGGCAACGACUUCUUAAAAAAUCUGGACUCUACACAGGUCCGUGAGAUCGUGGACUGUAUGUACGAGAAACGAAUCAAACAGGGGAACUAUAUCAUCCGGGAGGGAGACGCCGGACAACACGUUUAUGUCUCGGCAGAAGGUGAAUUUGAAGUCCUGAAAAACAACAAAGUUCUGGGGAAAAUGGCAGCCGGCAAAGCUUUUGGAGAAUUGGCCAUUUUGUACAACUGCACCAGAACAGCUUCCGUAAAAGCCCUGACCGAUGUCUGUGUGUGGGUUCUGGAUCGCCGGGUCUUCCAGACCAUUAUGAUGAAGACUGGGCUACAACGACAAGAGGAAAACAUUCGAUUCCUCAGAAGUGUACCAUUACUAAAGAACUUACCAACGGAAAAACUUGCAAGAAUAGCUGAUUGUCUUGAAGUGGACUUUUUCCCAGAAAAUGAUUACAUCAUUCGGGAAGGAGAAACCGGGGACUCAUUCUUUAUCAUUAACAAGGGCGAGGUCAAGGUCACUCAAAAAGUCACUGGAGUGGAAACUCCAAUGGAAAUAAGGAGACUAACAAGGGGAGACUACUUUGGAGAGAAAUCGCUCCUUAGUGAAGACAGAAGAACUGCUAACGUGAUUGCAUUACCACCAGGAGUAGAAUGUCUGACCGUGGACAGAGAUCAUUUCAAUGCUCUGAUUGGUGAUCUGAAUGAACUACGUGAAAAAGACUAUGGCGACGAAGCACGGGGAGCGCAAAGAACAAGCGGUAGUAACGGUUCUGAUGUUCUGUUGUCCCCAGUACGGGACAAACCGGACAAAGAAUUCCAAAAUAUUCAGCUCAAGGACCUCGAAAUCAUCGCAACUCUUGGAAUGGGAGGUUUUGGCCGCGUAGAACUUACUCAGCUAUCACAUUCUCGAUCAAAGACAUUUGCAUUAAAGUGCCUUAAGAAGAAACAUAUAGUAGACACGCAGCAGCAAGAACACAUUUACUCUGAGAAGAAAAUAAUGAUGGAAUCUAGAUCUCAAUUUAUUGCAAGAUUAUACAAAACAUUUAAAGAUAAGAAAUACGUUUAUAUGUUGAUGGAGGCGUGUUUGGGUGGGGAAUUGUGGACGAUUCUCAGGGACAGGGGCAGUUUUGAUGACAUCACUGCAAGGUUCUGUGUGGCAUGUGUUCUUGAGGCAUUUAAGUACCUCCACGACAGGGGAAUUAUUUACAGGGAUUUAAAACCUGAAAAUCUUCUUCUGGAUCAACACGGAUACGUUAAACUUGUGGACUUUGGCUUUGCCAAAAAGAUCGGUCAUGGUCGGAAGACGUGGACAUUCUGUGGUACUCCUGAGUACGUGGCCCCUGAGAUUAUCCUAAACAAGGGUCACGACAGAGCAGCAGACUACUGGUCACUCGGAAUCCUCAUGUUCGAGCUCCUAACGGGCAGUCCGCCAUUCUCUGGAUCUGAUCCAAUGAAAACAUACAACAUUAUCCUGAAGGGCAUAGAUGUGAUAGAGUUCCCACGACGAAUAGGGAAAAAUGCAGCCUCCCUCAUCAAGAAAUUGUGCAGGGACAACCCGGCAGAAAGAUUGGGUUACGGGAAGAACGGAAUAGUUGAUAUCAGAAAAAAUAAGUGGUUCCAAGGUUUUGACUGGGAUGGCAUGCUUCAGAGAAAACUCAUUCCUCCAAUCAUUCCACAGGUUAAAGGACCAGGGGACUAUAGCAACUUUGACAGCUAUCCAAAAAGUACAGAGGUACCUCCUGAUGAAACUUCUGGAUGGGAUUUUGAUUUCUGAAAUUGCUUUGAGUGAACACUACACGCACACUUGUAAGCUUACUGUGUUUGGAGUUGAUUAUCCUAAAACAAGGACAUCUUUGAGAAGAAAUUAACAGUGCUUAGCGUCAAAGAAGAGAAAACUCCAAUUUACAACUGUUUUUAUGACAAUGUGUCGUUUUCGUUGUGUUAUAUAUUAUUAUUUGGGAUUAACCUGGUGCUAUAUUGCUGACGUCAUUGGAAAUUGUGCAAAAUUUGAUGACAUCAUCGAGGAAGGAAUGAUUUAUUGUGUUAUUAAUAUCAAUUUUUCUGUGAUAUUGCCGUCUUGGAUAUUCUGUCAUUUGGAUGACAUUAAACAACAUGGAUCAUUUUCAUCAUUACAUGAAAAAAUACUCCCAUUGGUGUAGUUCAUUAAUAUUAAAUGGAAAAAGAAUCGGAUUAUUAUAUCCAAACCACACUUUAUUUACAGUUUCUUUCUAAAAACGUAAUUUAAUGAUUGCUUUGUUUGAUCUAGGUUUUGUUGGGUAAAACAGAGCUUUUUGUUCAUGUAUUUAAUCAUCUCACUGGUCAGCUGCUUGUCUUGACGACUUUGGCCGCGAGAGAUCUGCUCAAGAUAUUUCUAGUGAAAUCAAAUACCUGUUAUUGUUGAUAUAAGGACCCUGUUGCAUAUUUGUCUUCCAUUUUAUAUAGAGUUUAUAGAACGACAGUAGAGUCAAGUUUGCCGCAUCGUCUUUGGUGUGGUUUCGUCGUACAUGUAUGUUUUUUGGUCUUAUUUUAAUGUUGCUCGAUUGUAUAUUCGGAGUAUUUUAUAAAUAAAGAAGAAAAAGAUGAACAGUGCAACACA